AUGGAUCAGUGGAAGAAGCUUUACGUUCUUGGCGCUGGCUCUUACGGCAAAGUUUAUUAUGCAGUGAAGAUGGAUCCUGUUUCGUUAUGUGUUUCUGUUGCUGCUGUUAAAUGUGCUGAUAUGAACCGUUCUGUUUCACUCCAACGAGAAGCAGAAAUCUUGACAACCCUCAAAGAUUCACCUUACGUGGUUCAGUUCAUUGGAUCAGACGUUAGCAUCGAUAACGGUAAUGUCUCAACUUACAAUCUGUUUCUUGAGUAUGCAUAUGGUGGAUCGCUACACGAUUUGAUCAUUAAUUCGAAGAUGAGAAGGAUACGGAUGUCUGAAGUGGAAGUAGGUUUCUAUGCAUAUCAACUCUUAAAGGGUAUUCAACACGUUCAUGAGAAAGGGUGGGUUCAUUGUGAUAUUAAACCUGCUAAUGUUUUGAUUUUCAACAACGCUGAACGUGGUGGGAUGCACAAGUUAAAGUUGGCUGACUUUGGAUUGUCGUUGAGAGUUCCCGAAGGUGUGGCAUAUAUGACUGGUGCUGCGAUGAGCAACAGAGGGACUCUACCUUACGCGCCCCCAGAAUCUUUGAUCAGUGGUUUUCAUGGCAGGAGUUAUGAUAUAUGGUCGUUAGGGUGUACUGUGGCAGAGAUGAUGACUGGGUGUCGCGUUUGGAUUUAUCGCGACACUAAGGAUUUGCAAUGGAAGAUUAUGAAUGAAGAACCAAUGGUUCCUAGUGAUGUUUCUGAGAUUGCCAGAGAUUUUUUGUACAAGUGUUUGAUAAAGGAUCCUCUAAAAAGAUGGACGACGCAACAACUACUUCAACAUCCAUUUAUUCAACAAGCUUUAUUAUGUACUAGGAUGCGUGAAACUCACGGGAUAACAUCAAGGGUUAAUCCUUUUGGCUGCAGACUUGGAGUACCUGAUCAGAAGAUGCACUCUUUCAGACUAGUUUAA